AUGUUUGGCGGCGCCUCGAGCAACUCGUCGGGGCCCAAGCUGGACGAUUCCAAGAGCGACGGCAAGUCGCCCUCGCCCGAGGGCAGCCCGCCCGCGGCCUCGGCUGCCGUGCCCAUCAGCAACGCAGACCAGGCCGCCGGCGGCGAGAAGCGCAGCGGCAAUGGCAGCCCGCCCACCCGCCAGGACACGGGCGACAAGAAGCGCAGGAGUAGCGGCGUCAGCAGCAAGGCCAGCAGCCUGCUAGCCUCGGCCAGGAACUCGCUCAACUUCUCCCAGGUUGGCCGCUCCGGAUCGGAUGCGGGCGCUCAGACGCCGCUGCAGAAGCUCGGCAAGCAGGACCCGGCCCUCGCCGUGCCCCAGGGCCAGCACAACAACUCGGCCGGCGACUCGGUCCCGGGCCCAAAGUCCACCUUCCGCGUCGGCGUCUGGGAGGAUAGGAACAAGAAAUGCCGCCGCACCAUGGAGGACACGCAUGCCUUUCUCUACAACUUCUUGGACACACCCGCCCCGGCCUCGGACAACGGCUACUUUGCCAUCUUUGACGGCCAUGCCGGCACCUUCGCCGCGGACUGGUGCGGCAAGAAGCUUCACAUCAUCCUGGAAGACAUGAUACGGAAACACCCCAACAUGCCGAUCCCGGAGCUCCUGGACAUGACGUUUACGGCUGUCGACGCCCAGCUCGAGAAGCUGCCGCUCAAGAAUAGCGGGUGCACGGCUGCCAUUGCCCUCCGGGGCAUGGCCAGUCGACAGCGUGUUCUCUACACGGCCAAUGUGGGGGAUGCGCGCAUCAUCCUCUGCCGCAACGGCAAGGCCCUGCGGCUUUCUUACGAUCACAAGGGUAGUGACGAGAACGAAGGAAAGCGCAUUUCCAAUGCCGGUGGCCUCAUCCUCAACAACCGCGUCAACGGAGUUUUGGCCGUCACCAGAGCACUUGGAGACACCUAUAUGAAGGAUCUUGUGACUGGACACCCGUACACUACCGAAACGGUCAUACAACAUGACCUCGACGAGUUUAUCAUUAUUGCCUGCGAUGGGUUGUGGGAUGUCUGCAGCGACCAAGAGGCCGUCGAUCUCGUUCGAGAUGUCCAGGACCCCAGCGAGGGAUCCAAGAUAUUAGUCGAGCAUGCCCUCAGCCGGUUCAGCACGGAUAACUUGUCAUGUAUGAUUGUGCGCCUUGACAAGGAGGCGCUUGCGCAGAGCCAGACUCGCCAGGACGCGGAACCCGAAGCGAACAAUGGGGCCGCGGCCAAGGUCAGCGAAGUGGACAAGAUCAUCAUGGACACCAAGCAGAAGAUUGCCGAGGGCACGACUCCCGCGGUGGGCGUGUCGGCCAGCAAUAGUGGACGUGGCUACGACACUGCCCCUCCGCAAGAAGAGGGCUUCGUCCCCACGAGCCUGGGCGAUGCGUUGGUCGAGGAACCCGUUUCCAUUGAGGAGGCCGACAGCCCUGAGCUGGCUACAGGCGAAAGCCCGGCCGUUGCCGCCCCCGAAUCAAAACUGGAAGCAAAGGUGCCAGCAGACGCCUAG